AUGCGCGCUCCACUGCUGCUGCUGCUGCUGGCCGCCUGCGCGCCGCCGCCCUGCGCCGCGGCCGCCCCGACGCCGCCGGGCUGGGAGCCGUCGGCCGACGCGCCCUGGUGUCCCUACAAGGUGCUGCCCGAGGGCCCCGAGGCGGGCGGCGGGCGUCUGUGCUUCCGCAGCCCGGCGCGCGGCUUCCGCUGCCAGGCGCCCGCCUGCGCGGCGCACGCCUCGGCCGGCCGCUCGCUGCGCGCCAGCGUCCUGCGCAACCGCAGCGUGCUAUUGCAGUGGCGCCUGGCGCCGGCCGAGGCGCGCCGCGUGCGCGCCUUCGCGCUCAACUGCUCGUGGCGCGGCGCCUACACGCGCUUCCCGUGCGAGCGCGUGCUGCUCGGCGCCUCCUGCCGCGACUACCUGCUGCCCGACGUGCACGACGGCGUGCGCUACCGCCUGUGCCUGCAGUCGCUGCCGCUGCGCGCCGAGCCCGCCGUCGCCCCGGAGCCCGCUGUCGUCCCGGAGCCCGCCGCGUCCGCCGAGUGCGUGGAGUUCGCCGCCGAGCCGGCCGGCAUGCGGGAGAUCGUUGUGGCCAUGACGGCGGUGGGCGGCUCCAUCUGCGUCAUGCUCGUGGUCAUCUGCCUGCUCGUGGCCUACAUCACGGAGAACCUCAUGCACCCGGCUUUCGGGCGCCCGGGCCUGCGAAGGCAGCCCUGAAGAGCGAGGCGCCCGCCAGCCCGGGCUCUGCCUGCCCGACUAGGGUGCGGGAGGCCCCAGGCCCUUGGCCCGCUCUCCCCUCCCCGCUCUUGCUCCCUCCUUAGGAUCUCCACGCAGGGCUUGCUGGAGAUAGAUGGGGCACCGGCCGGCCCUUCGCAGGGCCUUGGAAUCACCGCACGACCUUUACAGCUGAGCAGCCGCCUCCCAAACUCCAGCUCGGGACUGGCCCUUGGGCCUGAGCGGAGAUGCCAGCCGCGUGCAGGGCUCUCCCCGCUCUCCAGAGCCCUUGGGGGGGACCGUCAGAGCACAGAGACCCUUCUCGCAAGAGCCAUUGGCACCCCCGGGCCGUCACCCUGCGCCUCCAGCCUGUGCCGAGUUGGAAAAAAACAGGCUGUCGUCAUGGCUUGGUCACUGUGUGCUUUUCCAACUCAAGGGGGCCACUUGGAGCCUGUCCUCUCCCCGCCCCACCCCAAUGGGCUUAGGUAGCUUCGUGCCUUAGUAUCUCGGGCCCACUGCGGGAGCCAGCCACCCUUCCAGUGCUGUCCAAGAGGGUCUGUGGCCCCGAUACUGGCAGCUUGUGCGUGCUUCUGGCCAGAGCCCCCCUGGGGACCCUCCCUUCAAGCUUCGCAGGAGCAUCCAGUUUGGGUAAGAAGCGUCCUGCGGUGUUUCCCUAUGUGGGCAUUUGACAAGUUGGGAGCCAUGACUUAGCAGGCGGCCCAGCGUCCAGCUGUUUCCGGGGGUGAGUGUUCCCUGACCUCGGGGGAAGCUGGUAGUUCACCAGGGCUGGGCUCCCUCCCCUUCCUUUUGUGUGUCUGGUGAGGACUUUCCAUGGUGACUGGGGGCAGGUGGCUGGGAACACGAGGCCUGGUCUGAAAGAGCAGUGCCGUAUCCAGAAGGUGAAGUAUAGAUGCCAACUUGCCCAGCUGGACCUUCCACUGUGAUCUGGAUCCCAAGCCUCAACCACGGCAUGACGGACAGCACCACGCCACCCCAUCCCCAAGCCAGUGGCCAGCUGCCCCGGAUCUGGCUGGGUGCUGCCCCCUGCCCACCUACCCGCUCGCCGUGGACUGAAGGCUGGCCUUGCCCCUCUCCGGGCUGACCUGAGCAUUUUGGCCGAGGUUCCCUCCUGUGCCAGCCCCCUGACGAUGCUGGGCCCUGGGAGGGGCGAAACGUGGCUGGCCCGGCUCUGCGUGAGCCCCUGACGGUGGCUGUCCUGGACCCGGCACGUCUGGAGUCACCGUGGCUAACCCCCUCCCCCAGCAGCCACCAGCGACCCUCACCCCAGCAGCCUGGCUGGUGCCCCCGCAGCGCCCACUCCCUACCUCUCUGUCCUUGCUCUGCCUGCCCCGGCGUGGCACUGGUCAGGCGUGAGCCCGGCGCCAGUGUCUAAAUGCCCAUCAUUCUUAGACCAAAA